GUUGUGAUUAUUACCUAGGGUUACAGGAUCAGGCCGGACCUGGAGCGGCUCCACCUCGAAGCAGAUCGUCCCGCCGCCGCGAUGUACAGCGGCGAUCUGUCGUCGCCGUAGGCGAUGGCGGCCGGGAUCGUCAGCUCGGCAGUGCCGCCUUCUUGCCUGUGUGGAGACCAUCGCGAUCCUCCACGCCAUCGAGCAGGCGCAGUUGCAUAGACAACGUCGCGUCGACGGCGUAAACCUCCAUCGAUCGGACCGUGAUUACGGAGAGAAGGUCGUGUCGAUGGCGUGGCCUCCUCGAGCAGGUGCAUUACGGAAACAAGUAGGGCGCUGAUCUUUGAUUUCCACACAGCCUCGUUGCAUGAGCUAGAGCGCUUCCUACCAGCCCGCGGUGACCUGCUUGACGACGAACUGCGCCGGUUCUCCCCGCGGCCGAGAGCUAUCGAAGGCCGUCCCGUCGAUGAGCGUGUCGACGUAGUGUACGGACACCUUCGAGGCCAGCCGUCGGGAACAGCCCGACGCCCUCCUUGACAUGAUCGAUCACCGAGCCAGACCUUGUCUGUUCCACGCCCUCGACCGCGGCGGUCGCGGCCACGGCCUCGGCGCCGCGCGCCUUCUCGUCAUCGAUCGCCGACGCCGCGUUGUUGGUUUGUUGGUGGAUCAGCGCGUUGAUGGCGUUGCCCUAGCGCGAACAGCGUUUUGCGUCCGACGCUUCGCCGGCGCGCAGCGACAGCGCUCGCGGUGCUUCGCGGCUGCGUCGUGAAGACCACCGCAUCGCAGGAAAUAAAGAGGACGCGCGGCGUGAUGAUGUCUCACUUGCUAUAGGUAGUGUGCUGCUCUUUGUAGGUUAUCUCUUGCCUCGCUAAGUUCUGCAAUGGAUGCAACUGUGUCGAGUCCGCGCGUUUCCCAGCGCUGGUGAAGUUUGUCGAUUUAUGCGCGUACGUAUCACGCAAUUGCGCCGCC